AUGUCCGUUCAAAUGCUGCUCCUCAUCUUCUUCGUGCUCUUCGGUUUCUCAUCGGCCUUUUGGAGGACGACGACGCACGUCUGGAUCCCGUUGACCGCCCCACGGACGACUGCGGGACCAGGUCCCCAAGUCAGACCCUCUUUUGCGGUCAUGAAAACGCACAUGCACACGUUCGAAGGAGCUGUAAGGGACCGCAACGAGCCACUCAUUUUGAGGCUGAUCAAUUUGAGUCCAGGUUUGGUGUGUUUAAAACUUUUCUGUACCAGAAUUCUCAAAAAAGGAAAUUGUCCACGUGUUGGAUCGGUGCAUUUCCUGUGAACAUUAGAAAUCCGCGUAUAACUGGAGAACGAAUCAUUUUGGUGUUAUACGUUUAACUGCAAAGUUGUAGAGCACAAAAUUUGCAACAAUUUUCUAGUUGGCCACUUUUUGGAAUACACAAUAGUUGUUGAGAUAAGGGCUGUUGAAAGUCGUCAAACCUUUUCCAUGUUCUGAGGGCUGUAUCUCAACAACUAUUGUGCGUUUCAAAAAGUGUUCAACUGACAAAAUGUUGACUUUUUUAUGCUCUACAACUUUGUAGUUGACAAUUUUACUCUAAAAUUUUUGGUUCUCAAGUUAGACCCAAUUUUCUAGACGUCAUUCUCAUUUCAUCAUGUUUCAGGCUCCAAAAGUAGGUUUAGAGCUCUCCAAAAAUUGCAGUGAACAGCAACAAAGUGGCGCAAGUGUACAACACGUACCAGGGCUACAGUAUCCGCGUCACAUCGGCCAUUUUCGAGGGACACGAUCAGGUGACCGGCGUCGUUUCGCUGCUUUCCCGCGGUCACGGACGAGCCGUCGUUUCGAUCAACGUCGUUUUGCGUCGGGUAGACAGUUUUUGUUGAAAAAAAGGCAUUUUUUGAAGAGAUCUAAUCAUUUUCAGAGCGCCAAUAGUCCCACAGGUUGGAUCAUCGCCGAGGAGCAACAAAAUCCGAUUUAUUGA